AUUAGAUACUCGAAAAUACAAACAAAUAUUGCAUAGGCUGAAUUUUGAAGCUAUGCUACUAAAGUCUUUGCUUUUUGUAUUUCUAUUUUUUUGCUUCAUUAAGGUCACACAACCAAAAUAUAAACUCAAUUCAUCCUAUAAAUAGUGUCACCAAAAAAAGGAAGGUAUCUAUCUCUACACCUCAAGACUAAACAAAAGAAUUACCUACUUGAUCUAGAUAUGACUGAAAAUAAGGCUGUUAUUAAAAAUGCUGAUAUGACAGAGGAUAUGCAACAGGAUGCUGUCGACUGUUGUACACAAGCCAUGGAGAAAUACAAUAUUGAAAAAGAUAUUGCAGCUUAUGUGAAAAAAGAAUUUGACAAGAAGUACAAUCCUACAUGGCAUUGUAUUGUUGGUAGAAAUUUUGGAAGCUAUGUGACGCAUGAAACCAAACACUUCAUCUACUUGUAUCUGGGACAGUUAGCAUUCCUACUGUUCAAGUCUGGUUAGAUAGAUAGAUAUAUAGAUAGAUGGAUGUUAGUCAACAGACAGGAUAUAUGAACAAACCAAUGGACAUCGUUUCACACACAGACACACACACACACACACACACGAACACCACGUAUCAAAAUUUUCAGACACCAAAAUCACUCAACUUAUCAGUUACUUCUUCCUCUUCUUCGCUCAACAGUUUUCAUUUUUGUAUCCAACUUUUGUCUUUGUAACUUUAUUUUGGUUAAAAUUUGAAAAUAAAUUUUUUGAUAAAUAAUAAACAUUGGGAGAAACAAGAGGAUCACCCAGAGAGAGGGAGAGAGACUGUAACAACACUGGGACGAGUUUGCUUCUUUCUUUUUUCUAAAUGGUUAUGUGUAUGCACUCGUGAAUCGGGCUGGAUUUAUUUUCGUAUAUGAGUGUCUGACUCUUAAUAUCCCUGCUACUUGUUCUGGACAUUGAAAUCUGGCGAACUUCUAACUUUAGAUACUUUUUGUGGGUGUUUUGCCUCCUUCUGAUAAGAAAAAACAAAACAACUACUGCAAAAGUAGAUAAUAAAAAAUUAUUUACAGAUUUAAAUAAAAAAGAUAUAUAUGAUGUCGUGUUUUGGAUAAUUUUUAACUCAUUGACUGGAGUUUAGCUUUUUUCUUCAUUGAUGAUUGACGAGGUUUUGUGGACAACUUGUGAUAUAAUGACCUAAUGGGUUUAGUUGGAAAGGAAACCUGAUUUAUGGCUGUUGUGCGUCGGUGGCACAGUGGUU